CGCCAGCCCGCCAAGCCAGGAAGGUGGAGCUCUGCACCCCACGACAUGGCGCCCGAGUUGCGACCUCACUUAAAGCUCCCCUGCACACAAAGACGCCUCCACAGCCACCUACCCGCAUACCUCCGCCCUCACAUCCGCCAACGAAGCCCAUUGUACAGCGUUCAGCAUGGCCAACAUCAACUGGCGGACCAUCAACAUCGAUGCCCUGGACCCGGACAGCCCCGCCAACUUCGACCUAAGCUCCCUCACACCUGCUGUUGAGCCCGUUUCGACCGCCGAUGUCCAAAACACCGCCCAGCAAUUGCGACAGUUGCUAAGGGGAGGAGACAACGAGGGUGCGCUCCAGGGUGCGCUGGAGGCAGCACCAUAUGGCGCCGACGACAAGGGCAAGGAAGUCUACCUCGCAAUCGUUCUUGAAGUCCUCCAAUCCAUUCGACAAGCGGAGAUCGCUCAAAUGCUGAGUCGCAUAUACGGUGCACCUGGUGGGACAGAAGCACUGGAUGUGCUCAUGAAAUACAUUUACAAGGGUAUGGCACAAGCCGCGCCCGCUAGCAGCGCACGCAACGUCACUCCACAAGCAACCGGCUUCUCGCAGGUACACUCACGAGGCGGAGGUGAGGGCGGUGGUCAGGCCAUGAGCGUUCUGCUUAGCUGGCAUGAAAAGCUCGUGGAGGUUGCCGGCCCUGGAAGCAUCGUGAGAGUAAUGACAGACCGCCGUACGGUCUGAGCGGACGAACCCUCUGAUAGCCAUUGCUACGAAGUGCAGACUGUUCGAGCUGCCAGGCACGAAAACAAGCAGCAAGUGGCGACGUAAUUGCUACAUCACCAAAAGGCAAGCAUACAACUUGCGGUCGAGCUUCAGUCAAGAUACGAACAAACUACAUCAUGAACACUCUCAACCUGCUUUCUCCAGUCUUACGUUAGGAUCUGCGUUGCGGCCCAGUCUAUUUACCCU